AUGUCCAGCGAUCAAGAUAAGCCAACGGAGCUCGAGCAGGUUCCGCUCAAAUCAGACACCGACGCUCCAGCUGGGACCACAGAGACCUUAGAAGAGGCAUUCCCUCCCCUACCGUCUCAGCAGAAGAAAACCUGGUUCUUCAAAAAAACGAAGAAGACAGUCAUUGAACAACCGAAAGGAGAAGAGGAAAAAGUCGGUGAGGAGAAGCCGGCCAAAAAAUGCUGGUGGGGAAAGCACAAAACCGAAGAGGAGCAAAAAAGCGAUCAUAUGUCGAUUGGAAUCGAUCUCGUGAACAGGGACGAGAAGGGUAUCAAUGAGCAUGUUCGCUUUGGUUUCGAAGAUAUCUUUGGGGAAGCUGACACCCAACACUCGUGGGACUGCGUAUGGCGACUGGUGUAUAAGGUGUUCAUUUGGACCCGUCUUUUCGUCUAUCGCCUCUGCUCACUCAUUCUUGGCCUGCCAGCAGCUAUCCUUUUCGGUAUUCUGUUCGCUAUCGUUUCCGUCAUCAAUGUGUUCGCUUGCGUACCGAUUGCCAAACUCCUAUCGAUUCCGGCCAACUGGCUUGCUAAGACCUGGAGCUGGCUCGUACAUGCGAUUGUCGAUCCUGUGGCCAGUUCAAUUGCACUGCUAUUCUCAUCGUUCACCAUCAGAAAGUACGGUAUCAACUCGCAGCCAACAGAUCCAUGUGUUGCCUGA